AUGUAUACAACCCCAGCUUACUCGAGACGGCCAAAGAGUGAAAGCACUGAGGACUAUCGACGCCGCAUAGGCUACAAGCAUGCGGAAUCCGCUGAGAGUUACCUGGAGAGAAGCUGUGGUUGUGUGAGCUUAUUUGCUGCUGUUCUACAAACAGAGAAGAUUUAUGGACCGGCUCAGCGAAUCCCAGGCGUUUCAAACCCCUUCUCUCUUGACAUCGGAUGGACGUGGUUGGCAAGAAUUGCAAACAAAGAACAGCACGCGAUCACUCCAGCAAUCACUAUUGCCUUCUUGGAAGUCGCUGGUUACUACAUGUCCCAACGGUAUCGCAAGCAAUUUGCAAAACUGAUCGCAAUGGUGCAGCGAGCCGUUGUGCUGAAGGCAGCCAAAUCUGCACCUCCAGGGCCCUCUUCCCGGCUAGACACGUUACUAGAGGACUUCAUUCGGGCAGGCUGCACCUUUCCAAAGCCGCCACACGGUCGAGAGCUCCCAGCUAAAGAUUUGGAGUUUUUGUAG